AAGAUGGUCGUCGUAAGGAGGAAGAACGUGAAAAUGUUUACCUUCGUGUUUCUGCUCAUCACGGUAACGUCAUUUCUGCUGAACUACACACAACAGGUGACCACAACCACCUGGCAUCCCAGACAUCUUGUCAUGCAGUUUUCAGAGCAAGUUCAAAAACUCUUCAAGUACCCAAGGAGACCUUGUAGCUGUCGCACAUGCAUUUCGGAGCUGGGACAUUCCCUCUGGUUCGAUCAGAGGUUUAAUUCAACUAUGCAACCUUUCCUGACCUCACAAAAUGCCUUUAUCCCAGAAGACAGCUACACCUGGUGGCUGAAAUUGCAAAGAGAGAAAGCUCCGAAGAAUUUGAAUGCCACUCUCACAGAACUGUUCAGUGUCAUUCCUGGGGAUGGGGAUCCACUGCAGGACAGAGGCACUUACACAUGCAGACGAUGCGCCGUCGUGGGCAACUCUGGGAACCUUCGACAGUCUCAGUAUGGCCAAGAUAUUGACUCCCAUGACUUCGUGCUCAGAAUGAACCGUGCCCCCACCACUGGCUACGAAUCAGAUGUUGGGAGCAAGACUACUCACCACUUUGUUUAUCCUGAGAGCUACAAAGAGUUGGCAGAAAAUGUGAGCAUGAUCCUGAUCCCCUUCAAAACCCUGGACCUGCGCUGGGUUGUCACUGCACUCACCACAGGCACCAUCAAUUUCACAUACGUUCCAGUUCCACGGAAAAUCAAAGUCAAAAAAGAAAAGAUCCUGGUUUAUAAUCCAGCUUUUAUGAAAUACAUCUAUGAAAACUGGCUCGAGCAUCAUGGGAGAUAUCCCUCCACAGGCCUUUUGUCUUUAAUGUUUGCUCUCCAUGUAUGCGAUGAGGUGAAUGUGUAUGGCUUUGGAGCAGACAGCAGAGGACACUGGCACCAUUACUGGGAAAACAACACUUCAGGUGGUGCUUUCCGGAAGACAGGUGUCCAUGAUGGGGAUUUUGAGUUCAAUAUAACUUUGACUCUUGCCUCCAUUGAAAAAAUAAAAUUUUUCAAGGGCAGAUGACCCUGGCCACAGGGAGAAGUGGGGGCUGCAAUUUCCAACGUGCAGCAGAGCAAAGCUCAGUGAAGACAAUCUGGGCACCAGCCAGGUU